AUGUCUGCAGCUCCUGCCAGCAAUGGGGUGUUUGUCGUCAUCCGCAAUGCCAGUGGCCUCCGCCCACCUCCGGCCAUCCUGCCCACCUCCAUGUGCCAGCCUCCUGGGGUUUUGCUGUUUGAGGAGCCACUGGGGGUACAGACACCAAGGGCCAUCCAGCUGCCUGACCUACGGCCCAUGGAGACGUUCCUGACUGGAGAGCCCAAAGCUUUAGGGACAGUGCAGAUCCUCAUCGGCCUCAUCCACCUGGGCUCCGGCUGCGUCCUGCUCCUGGUCCGCCACGGCCACGCGGGGAUGCUCUUCAUUGAAGGCGGUGUCCCCUUCUGGGGAGGAGCCUGCUUUGUCAUCUCUGGGUCCCUCUCAGUGGCAGCCGAGAAGAGCCACACCAGCUGCUUGGAUGCGGGCAGGGGCUCUCUGGCUGUGCUGACCGUCGUCACCACCUACUUUGGGUGUCGAGCCACCCGCGCUCGAGCCAGCCGGCCCGUGAUUUUCCUGCCCAACCUCUUAAGUACGGACUUCAGUAUCCCCAGCCCCGCAGCCUCUCCACCGCCUGCCUAUGACAAUGUGGCAUAUAUGCCAAGGAGCCAUCGGAGUAGAGGCCUCUCCGCGGUUGGAAGCCAGCUUUCCUCCUGUGGGCCCAGCCUCUCUCCCCCACCCCAUCCUCACUACUGUGGCGCCCGAGUGAAGCCUUCCCCAAGGACAUCCCCACACAUCUCCCUCGGUGGCUUCCUUCCUAAAAGAGCUAGUGGGUGUCAAGGAACCGUCCCCCAGCGUCCUGGGCCCCAUUCCCCUUCUGGGAAUGUCCCCACGCGCUCCUCUGUAUUUCUCUCUGCUCAACAGGAGGCAGCCGUGGCCUCAUUGGCAGACAGGUUCAAUGGCUGCCCUCAAGCCUUGGGAAGACCAUUAAGCUCAGCAGCCCAGAAUCCUCCAGAAAAGAGUACUAAGUCCAAGGGCUGAGGCCAGGACUAGCUGUGGCCUGACCUCUGGGUCUGCAGGCUCCAAGACCAGCUCUGCGCUUUGUCAUCUGCUGCUCAGUUUUCCUGGAAACCAAAGCAUUAACUAGAUGGCAUUUAAGGCCCUUCCAGUUCCCCAGGGAUCCCCGAAGUCCUGCUCUAAGUCAGGGGAUAUUCUGGAAAAGCUUGUUUUCCUUAUCUGUAAAGUGGAGUUGCUAUUGACUCCAGCACUGCUCACCUGCCAGGUUUGGGGAGGUUUCAGGGGAAGGCUGAAGCCAGCCCUCAGCACCCCAUCAGCAUCUGCAGGUACACAGUCCUGGCGGUCCCUCCCCCACUCACUCUCCCCCCUGGGGAGCAGAGCUGCCUCUGAAGGUGACCACCCACGGGGCUGGGGCUGGGGCAAAGGAGACACAAUGUCAGAAGUCCUGGUGGAUGCUUCUUCUCCAUA